UCUUUUUCUGCUCUCUUAUAAACCCUCCUUCCUCCUCCGCUUCUCAUCACAAAAAUCCUCUGGUCUCGCUCCCCCAGCUUCUUCGUCUUCUGCCACCCAACAAUUUCAUCCGCAACCACUCGGAUAUUCGUUACUUGCCGUCACCUGCUCGCUCUCUUUGUUGAAUUCAAGCUACUACAUUCAGGGAAUUGAGAUGGGUUCCUCAAGAAUUUCCGCUUUUGGCAUCCGAUUCUGUUUUUUGUUCGAUCGGAUCAGCUGUUAAAAUCGAAACCCAGAUUCCAAAAUCCAGCCUUUGUUCUUUUUUUUUAAAUUCUUAGACCAAAAUUCCAUCUGGGUACUUGAAUUUUCUUUUCUUUUGUUUAUCUGGUUUGAUUUUUGGAAUCAUCGGAUUCGAUUUUUUUUUCCUUUUUCUUGCGUGACGCAUCUCAAUUUGUCUUGAAUCUCCUUUCGGCUUUCGGAAUUUGUUUGAGAGUAUCAAAGAGAAAGCGAGCAGGUAAAGCAAGCAACAAUGGCUGCAGCAAAAAAGAGUGGUAAAUCCAGGAUGGAAACAAGCGUAGAUUGGGAGGCUAACAAAGAUGGGGAGCUUGAUUUUUCCUUCGAGAGGCCGCCAUGGAAGCCCGGUUUUAGUGAGGCUUCCCUGGCGUCGAAUAGGCCUCUCAAGAAAGUCAAGAGCCCUGAAAGGCAAGACCCAAUUCAAUCUUCAGCUUCUUUAGCUCAUCAAACACCAUCGCCAAUCAUCGCUCCCUAUCCAUCUUCCUCUUCAAAAAUAGUUUUUCCGUUUUCUUUCGACGGGUCUCAACAGCCUAUGAUGCAAUUCCCCCACCAAUUCAACCCCACAAAUGUGCCUAUAUUGCCCUCACCAAUUCAACAGCAACAGCAACAAAAUCCGCAGCAAAUGAUAUCAUUUGAAUCCCAGCAGCUGCAGCAGCAGCAGCAGCAGAUGAGUUAUCCGCCCCCAGCGACGUUGAGUUGGCAGCAGCACCAGCAAAUUCUUCAGUAUUGGAGUGAUGCUUUGAAUUUGAGUCCAAGAGGGAGGGCGAUGAUGAUGAACAGAUUGGGACCAGAUGGAAGGCCAAUGUUUCGAGCGCCGGCAAUGCCUUAUAAUACCACAAAACUUUACAGGGGAGUGAGGCAACGGCAUUGGGGCAAAUGGGUAGCUGAAAUUCGCCUUCCUCGAAACAGGACUCGCCUCUGGCUUGGCACCUUUGACACAGCUGAGGAUGCCGCCAUGGCUUACGACCGCGAGGCCUUCAAAUUGAGAGGAGAGAAUGCCAGGCUCAAUUUCCCUGAGCUUUUUCUCAACAAAGACAAAUCAGAUGUUCCAACUUCAUCAGCUCCAAGUUCAGCAGCUACUUCGCCUCCAACCCAUGAGAGUUCAAAGCCAACCAGGCGCCGCAAGCAACCUCAAAAAGUCAAGACAAGCGCUUCCAAUAUGGAGGCAAUGCCGCCACCACCAGUUCCACAUACCCAAGAAGAGAAUAGCACUGACAAUGAUUCGGGACUGGAGUCGAGUGAGGCUAAAGCGAUUGACGAAAUUGAGGCAAGUACGGAUUGCGCAGGAGGAGAAGGGAAUUCACAGCAAGAAGAAAUUGUUUGGGGGGACAUGGCAGAAGCUUGGCUUAAUGCAAUUCCUGCAGGUUGGGGUCCAGGUAGUCCUGUGUGGGAUGAUUUGGACGCCAACAACAAUCUUUUGCUGCAAUCACAUCUCCCUUUUACCAAUCCAAACCAACAGGACUAUAACACUAACAUUUGUCCUCAACAAGUUCUCCAUAAUUCGGGUUCGGGUUCCUCUUCUUCCUCUUCAUAUCCCGUGAAGAACUUCUUUUGGGAGGACCAAGAUUGAAAAGUUCAUUGCUUUUAAAUUUGAGCUUUGCACUUCAAACUCACACGGUCACACUUCUAGGUUGUAGAACUAGUACCAGCCCAUUUCCCUCAUCCUUUCUCACUCGUUCCAUUUUCCGGAACCCGGUCAGGAGUUGCAUUUCAAACUCCUCCCUUUUUAUGCUUCUCAGACAUCAGUUUAGUUAUCACACACACCACCACCCCCUCCUCUCCCUCCCCCUCCUCCUCUCCCUCCUCUCCCUCCUCUCCCUCCCCCCUCUCUAACUUGUCAUCACAGCCGGUUGCAAUGUUUGGGAAAACAACCUAUGAUCCUAGAAGCAUUGUGAGUUUUUAUUACAAGGGAUCCUUGAAGCUUCAAAUUUCAGGCCAAUCUGCUGCACAAAGGCUGCUUGUUUUUUCAGGCCUUUCAGCAGUGACACAAUCUGGUUCAUGCUUUUUGUUGGGCCAUGCCUUGGGUUUUGUUGCCAGAAAGUGAAUUAUAGUCAAUGUCUUGUAAAGUAAAUAAUGGUAUGUGUAGUUAGGAAGAGUCACUGCUGUGUAGUGUUCACGAGCAUGUUUUUAGUUUUCAGUUUUUAUCUUAAGGCAGGACCCGCUGUAGAGGGAGACGGUUUUGUGAUCUCCUUCUCAAGCGGUCCGGCCAUCACGAGCUCUCGUUUUUCAGCUCCUGCAAUGGAAAAGCCAAAUUAUAAAUAUUAUGUAUUCGUAGCUGUGUUUGUACAAAGACCAGUACUCUCUUUUAUGCGUUAUGAUUGUGUGUGAGCCUUCA